CAAAUGUACAGCCGGUCAUUCUGCAGCCUGUGUCCUCCCCUAUGUACAUCACUGUGGGAGAAACCAAACAUGACUGGAACACUGGCUUGUGUGACUGCUGUGAAGAUAUGGAAAUAUGCUGCUGUGCUUUCUGGUUCAUGAGCUGCUUCAUGUGUAAAACAGUCAAGGAGUUUGGAGAAUGUCUCUGCUUACCCUUAUUGGACCUAGAAGGAGCAGGUGCAAUUUCCUUAGCAUUUCGAUCUGCUGUCCGUGAGAGAUACAGGAUUAAGGGUUCCAUCUGUGACGACUGUUGCAAAGUGACCUGUUGCUCAUCCUGUUCCUGGUGUCAAGUGGCACGUGAGAUCAAACACCAAAAAAGGCCCAUUACCAUUAUAAAUGCCAAUGUCCACAUGGCUCCAGCUCCUGCCUUUUUCGAUGCAACAGUGCCACCAUCCUCAGGUUUUACAACCUACCCAACAGCACCACCAUCUAACUUAUAUCCACCCAUUCCAGCCAAGUAAUCUGCAAGUUAUAACAAACAUAAUUGAAAUGAAUAAGAUGCUUAAUUGACAAAUGUAUCGUUACAUUAUUUGCAAGUCAGAGUUGUGCAUAGUAAAUAAGCAAUAUGCAUACCUGUAUGAUAAGAUGAUUAAAAAGUCAUAGAAAAUAUGCAAUCACAUGCAAAUUAGAAUAGAUUUUCUGACUUCAUUGUGAAUAAGGCAUUGUUCCUACUAAUGGCCUGAACUUACCAGUAAUAUAUUACUUCUAGCAUAAAUGUUGUUAAACAAUAACAUUUUGAAUCUCUGCUUUAGGAUAAAUUUAUUAAUUGGAUUGAUUUUGGUGGACUUACCAUUUCUAUGGAUAAA